AUGUUCAACCAUCGAGUAGUGCUCAUUCCAACACGUUAUACUUAUCCAAAUUAUGGGCGUUUCUGCAUGCCUGGAGCAAGAAUUGUAGAUGAAUCAAUCUCUGAACAGCAGACAGCAAAAAAGGCAAGUAUAAUCUCCUGGAACAGUACCCCUACUAAACAUCGCUUGAAAUACUAUAUAACAUGCAGUUUCAUUAUCUCAUUGAUAUUUCUUGUGUUAUUUGUUUAUGUGUGUUGCCUGGCGAAUAUGUCCACAGCUUUUGGAUUGCUUGCAAGUAGAGGAUUAGGAAAAGCUAUCCAACAAUCGCCGUUGAUAAAUGAUCCAAUAUCUGCUGUAGUCGUCGGAAUGUUGGCUACAGUAAUAUUACAGAGCGCCACAACUACGACAAACAUACUUGUGACCAUGGUGGCAGCAAAUAUGAUUACCGUGCAUGAUGCAAUUCCAGUGAUGAUUGGAAGUGAAUUGGGAUCAUCCUUAGUGAAUGCAAUGGUUUCCUUAGCAUAUUCUGGAAAGCCGGAACAAUUUCGUCGUGCAUUUUCUGCAGCAAUUCUCGGAGAUGUCUUCAAUAUUUGUGGACUUUUUGUAAUAUUUCCAAUGGAAAUGAUCACUGGUUUAAUUGAAAAAGUUAGCUGGUGGAUUGUGGAUCCAAUGAUUUCGGAACAAGGAUUGAGCUUUAAAACACUCGAACUUCUCACAGAUCCCAUUAAUCAGUUUAUUUUACAAGUGAACGAACCCGAGUUAUUGAAUGCAACAAUUCGUCCUGAAAUGUUUGAGGCUAAUCAUUCAUUUGUUCAACGCUGCCAGUUUGCCAACGGGUCUCGAAUUUACAAUUGCCCGUACGAUCACUUGUUUGCCUACUCAAUGUUGGGAGAUCGAGCGAUUGGAUGGAUUGUGCUGAUUGUUUCGAUUGUUUCCCUCAUUUUCUGCCUUGUCGCAAUCGUCUAUUUGAUCCAGAAGCUUCUCGAGGGUCAUGCUGCUAUUUAUAUCCGAAGGUUAUUAUCUAAACAAUGUCCUGGAGUGCUCAAACCAUGCACUGGCUACGUUGUAAUGCUAGUUGGUUUGAUAGUUACAGUCCUAAUCCAAUCAAACAGCAUUUUCUCGUCCUCUUUAACCCCAUUGGUGGGAAGCGGUGUGGUCACAUUAGAGCAAAUGUACCCACUUGUGCUUGGAAGUAAUAUCGGAACUACGUUCAGUGGCGUUCUUGCUGCGUUUUCCACAGACCCUUCAAGAUUUGAAAAGGCUCUUCACAUGGCAAUGUGCCAAGUAAACUACAACAUUAUUGGAACUUGUUUGUUUUACAUUAUCCCAUGCACAAGAAAAUUUCCAGUAUAUUUAGCUGUGAAGCUAGGAAACCUAACAGAUCGGUACCGAUGGUUCAUUGUCGUUUUCAUUUUGGCAUUUUUCGUGGUCAUUCCAUUCACUAUUAUUGGUUUAACUCUUCUUCCAGACAAUGUUAUUGUAAUUACAUUUAUUGUAAUUCUUAUAAUUUCAAUAAUAAUCUGCAUAAUUAAUAUAUUACAGAACACUUUCAAGCAAAUUCUGCCCGAAUGUUUAAGAGAUUGGUCAUUUAUGCCCAUUUGGUUUCGUUCUCUGAAACCAUAUGACCCUUUCAUGUCAAAAAUUUUCACAAGUCUUCCAUAUAUUGGAGGUUUUUUCAAAAGAAAUCGUCCAUCCGAGGAAGAAAAACACGACGAUAUUGCUAUAACCGACAAAGUUCAAAAGCUGGUUCGAUUAAGCGGGCAAACACAAGUUUGA